AUGGCAGCUUCUGUCUGCAGCAUCGCAGCACGGCUGGCGCUUUGGCAGCGUCCACGCCACGCUCUUACAUUUAUCCCAGGCCGCCUGUCGGCACCUGCAGGGUCGGAGCUGCGGGGUGGGCGGCUGAGAGCGGGCCGGCCCUGCGUGUGCCCGGCGCCUCCGGCUCCCACAGGACGCCCGCUGGAGACUCUGGCCUCUCAGACCUGCAAGUGGAUUCGUCCCUCGCCUCGCUUUCCCCUAAGGAGUCCGUGGCCCCGAGUGGUUGGGCAGCUUGUCCGAGGUCACUCACUCUCUUCUGGCCUCCCACCAGGCCCGGUGCCCGCCGGCGUCCCUGCCCCCACCCCACCGGGCCUGCUGCUGCUGCAGAGACGGGCACUGGACAGCGCGGCCUCCAGAGUGAUAGCUAAUUGGGGAGAGAAAGGGCCCGAUUGUCUCGCGGGGCCGGAAGAGCGGCGUGGGCGGCUGAAAGAGCCGGAGAAGGUGGCCAGCUUCGCCCAGCAGCUGCCGCUGGAGACGUUUGCAGAUUACGUCAGCGCUGGGGAGCAGGGGGCGCGGGCAGAGGGGAGGCUGGGCAGCCACCCGCCCCGCGCCCUGACAAUGCGGUCAUUGUCGGCCCCGAGAGCGGUUCGCUCUGGAUGA